GUUCAGAUGCUGGCUCCUUGUCUCAUUGUGAGAGGUAGUGAGAGCUUCACCCUAUGGCUGGUUCUAGCUGUGUAGGGAGUAGUGAACACAUUUCUGUGAAUGAACGCGGACUUCUCUUCCUACAACCUUUAUCACUGUGAAUCCUUCUGAUGGAAUGCGACGAGCAGAAACACACAGACGCGACGGCGCCUUCAGUCAUCGACCGAUAUUACACCCGAUGGUUCAGAGCCGAUAUGAAGGGGAAACCAUGUGAGGACCACUGCAUCCUGCAGCACUCAAACAGGUUAUGUGUCGUCACCUUAGCGGAGACUCACCCGAUCCUUCAGAAUGGGCGAGAAAUCAAAAGCAUCAAUUACCAGAUCAGUAAUUGCUGCAGUCGACUGAACAAUAAAGUGUCUGGGAAGUCCAAGCGGGGGGGUCAGUUCCUUACUGAUUUCGCACCUCUGUGUAGGAUAACAUGCACAGAUGAAACUGAAUACACAAUCUACAGCUGCAUCCGGGGCCGUCUUCUCGAGGUCAAUGAGAGUAUUUUAGAAAGACCUUCUCUCUUGCUGGAAAAGCCAUCCACUGAAGGAUACAUCGCUGUCAUCUUGCCAAAGUUUGAGGAGAGCAAGAGCAUAACGGAGAAUCUUCUGAGCAGAGAGGAGUUCGAGAGCGUCGUCUCCAAACGUACUGUCGCCCAAUCUCAACCAUCAUGACGGAACUCCACGUUCUUGCCUCUCCCACCAGGAUGUUGAGACCGGCCAUGUGCUGCUCCAAGGAUUUGACACCGAAGCCGUUGCUGUUCUUGCUGUUGAGCGCUCCCUCCUCUUUGACGGGUGUGGAUGCAUCCUGCCUCUCUCUCCAGUCCUGUGGGGAACCCAGGCUACUCCUCUCUGACUUGUACUGCAAAUGGACACAACAUGGAGAGAAAUUGAAGGGAAAUGUGGUUAAAAAUUAAGAAAAAAAAACAAGAGCUUGCCAUCUUUUGAAUGUUUUGACCUCUCCUGUAACAAUUCUUUUAUUUCUGUUAUCUGGUUUUAUGCUGUUUUAUACAUGUGCAAAUAAAAACCAACAAAAAAA